GCUGGUUGGUCGCUUGUGCACACGGCGGGCACACUACACUUGUGAGGUGCCGGGUUCUCUGCUGUGUGUCGUGUCCUGCGCGCUCCUCAGGAACUUUCUAGUGUCGCGGGAAUAGCCAGAAAGGCGCAUUUGUUCCAUCAGGAUGAUGCGCGGUGGUCCCUCCUACGAUGACGGUUACAUCACCAGGAAGAUGGCGUCGCUCACAGGUCCGACCUUCGUCCCUCCUGGCGCCUACGGCCGAUCCUAUGGUGGCUACGGUCUGCCGGACCCAUUGGCGUACGACUACUCAAGGCCUCAGGCGCAGUACAACGUAUGUCGGCUACCGGGCCGGACAAUCGAACGCUGGUUCCUGCCAACACCAAGGUCCAGGGUACAGUUUUUGGGAGACUACGAAUCGUCGAGUCCGCAUUGUCCGUUCCCUAGACAUCUAAGGUUGAAGAGAGGCUCAAGUGCCCCUCCUGAAGCGUUGUUUUCCUCAAUAAGGUUUCUGCCGCCACCCACGGUCGAUGGUCGUUAUCUUUCGGCCUAUGGUCCACCCCUGGGACCACCCCGCAUGAUGCCUCGCAUGGCUCCUAGCUACUAUGACUACGACUAUGGUGGUGGUUAUGGUGGAUAUGGAGGAGGUUAUGGUGGGGGUUAUGGUGGAGGUUAUGGUGGAGGUUAUGGUGGAUACGGUGGGGGAUACGCGCCGCUGAUUCCUCCUCCUGCCCCGCGACUCAGCCGCUACGACCACUACCUUGACGACACCGACCUGGACUACACGCCACCCCCACCGCGCUACCGACCGCGCUUCUCGUCCGCUGAUGUGGACGAUAUCGAGCCGUCCGCCAGCAGGAUGUACAGCCGCACGAGUGUCACACAUGACGACACCUCUCCCUAUGCCUCCACCCUGUCCACUAUCAAAACCACUGACCUCGGCACCCACAGCAAUAGCGCUCUUUACCUACCAGACUACACUAGACCUAUCAUUACCUCUAGCGUUACUAGUACCUCUAGUUCCUUGCCUCAACGACCUGCUCUCCAGGACCAUGUCGACAAGAUGCGCAUCAGGCUCAAGACUCUGGCAUUCUCCCUGGACCCUUCCGGACCUGUGCCUGAGAUCGUCAUUCCAUCUCGCAGGGGCGAAGAAUCGACGAAAAAGUACAGCACUCCAGGUGGGGUGGUCGCUGGGCCGCGCCAUCUUGCGUGCGUAGAGUUCGCAGGUAGCACCCCUCUUUGGAGGCGUCGCACGAGGGCUCGUAGCCCUGGUAAAGACCCUCACUACCUCGCACAAGUGGCGAGGGAAGUUGCUGAGAAUCCCAUCAUCGUGCCUGAGGUAGCCCCUGAAAAGCUACUCAUCAGAGACCGACUUUCGAUGAAAAUCCACCAGUAUCUGAGCGACACUCUGCCGCCCGAGAAGUUCGACACAUACCUCAAGAACUACCGGCAGCCUGACCAGAAAACGCACUACGCUACCUAUCGCAGUGGAUACUACAAGCCUAAGCUCUAUGCUCCUGGUCGGCCAUCACAGAGUCGGAGGCUGUCGAGCCUGACGUGUCGGAGGAGCGCAAAGAGCGACGUAAGAAGANGCAUCCUCUUGGACCUGUCUCUUAUACACAUCUAG